GUACUAUAAGUAUCUAUUAUAGAGCUCUAGUGUUUACAAUUUUACAUUCGAAAAACAACAACAAGUCUAAUAAUAAUAAUAUGAUAAUCAUAAUAAUAAUAUAGCUUGAAGUACGAAUUUGUGAAAACGAAUGUCACCGAAAAUUUGUAUCUAUUUUUAAUAAUCUCCUCUAGAUGUGUCGUUGCAAACGUUUUUCAACGGCAGUUCUUUCAAUCCAACGCGUUGGUGACGAGUGUAUUGAAUGUCUUUGCGACUAGCGUCAAACGUAUUUUACAGAAAUGGCACGGCGUUGUUACGCUGCCGCCGUACUAAUAAUGUCGGAUUGCUGGUGCGCACAAGGGCGGUACCUCGAAGCGUCCACACUCAAGCCCUGAAUCCCGCCGUUAACAACCGUAGUCCACCGAGUUCCGUCUGGCAGAACCGAUGGAACCUAGCCAGGAGGGCAUUUGUCGACAACCUGCUGAACCGGGUGACCAACUCGUUGUCUGCCGACCUUCGCAGACAUACAGCCCGGCAGCUUAUGUUCGGCAAUUCCAGGCCAUUUUUUGCACUAGUUGGAAUGAGUCUGGCCUCCGGUAACGGUAUGCUAACUAAUGACAAUCAACUAGAAGGUGUAUGUUGGGAAAUCAGAGUUAGUACUUGGUUUAAAACUAUAACCUAGAUAAUGUUCAUAUUAUAUAUGUACCAUAAUAUAAAUAUUUUAUUUGUACUCCCUUGAUAGGAAGCAGUUGGGCGAAUGCACAAGAACUUGACAGUUGCUGAACGUUUAAAGUUAAAUUCAUCUUUGGGUUUAAAGCAGUUUGAACUGGGAUCUGUUGUUGCAAAAGGAAAUAAUGCUGUUGUAUACGAAGCACGAAAAAUAGAAGUGGAUAAAGGUAUAUAUCACUUUAAUAUAACAAUUAAAAGCUAACAAGUAUUUUGUAGAUAGGUAAUAAAUUAUGGUUUUGUGAUACUGUAAAUCAUUUUAUAGCUGGGAUUUAUCAUAUUUUUAUUCUUUUAAGUAAUAAUAAAAAAAAAAAAAACAUAAUUAUAUCAAAUACUGUUCUAUUUGUGUAUGAUGUUAAUAAUUUAGUAUUAUUAUAUGCUUAUUUACACGUAAUACACAGUAUAAUAUACUAAAACAAAUUGUAUAGAACACUUAUUAAGAUAAUAAAUGUUAUUAUAAUAAAAUUAAUAUACCUACCCAUUUAAAUGAUAAAAAUUAAAACUAAACAUUUUUUUAUAUUGUUUUUAAAAUAUGUCAAUAUGUGAUAUCACCCUGAAGAAAAUAUGAUAAAAUAGUUAUUAGUUAUUUUUUUUUAGGAAUAUACCAGCAAUGAAAUAUAUUUAAUUGGUUUUAAUAUUUUUGUGUGCAUAUUUCAACAUGUUAUAAAUAAAAAGUUCAAAAGAAGUUUAAAUGAUUAUUUGAAUUUAAGCUUCACCCAUAAUUAUUUUUUAAAUAUUAUAUUUUUGAUUAAUUUAUUUAGGUAAUUUAUUAACAAAUACUCACAUCUAAAUGUGUACUUAAUAAAACCAUUAAACUAAGAAUUUUAAAAAACAAAUAAAAUAAUAUUUAAACAAAUUCAUAGUUUCAAUUUUCCAAUAAAUAAUUAAGAACCAAACAUUUUUCUUUAUUAUUUACCUAUUUUAUAUAGAAAAUUUUAGUGAGUGGAACUAAAGAUUAUACCAUAAAUGUCUUAUUUGUUUGUAGAGCACAAAGACUUGAUUUCAAAACAAGAAUCGUCAACUAAAACUUACCCAUUAGCUAUCAAAAUGAUGUUCAAUUAUGAUGCUGAAAGUAAUGCUAUGUCAAUAUUACGUGCCAUGAGUAGAGAAACUGUUCCAUCUCGCUGUAUACAACAUAAUACUUCUAGGCCAGAUCAACAAUGGCUUAUUGGGUAAUCUAUACUUUUAGUUAUUAUUAUAAUUUUGUUUAUUGUCUAUUUAAUAGUCUGAAAAAAAACUCAGUUGUAACAUAAGCAUCAAACAGAACCCAUUAAAUACUUAAUAAAUUAUAAUUAAAUAUUAUUUUUAUAGCUAUGAACAAAAUUUAAUUAUUUUACCUCCGCACCCAAACAUUGUAACAAUGCAUUUGUGCUUUGCUGAUUAUGUACCAGAGUUGAUAGAUUCACAUUCAUUAUAUCCCCAAGCUUUGCCAACUAGAAUAAAUCCCGAAGGUUAUGGUCGUAACAUGAGUUUAUUUCUAGUAAUGAAAAAGUAAAGUAUUUUAAUGUACAAAUGCAUACCAUUAUAAAAUAUAUUAAAUGUUUUUUCUUAUGCUAUAGAUACGACAUGAGUUUAAAACAGUAUUUAUCUAAAACUCAGUCUCUGAAAAUUAGAGAUAGAAUCCUUUUGCUUGCACAAUUAUUGGAAGCUGUUACUCACAUGUCCAAUCAAAAUGUAGCUCACAGGUAUGAAUAUAUUUAAAAUAUUUAAUAAAUUAAUAAAGUAAAACAAAAUUAUUAAAAUAGUUAAUACUCGUAAUAAAUAUAUAUAUAUAUAUAUAUAUAAAAAUAAAAAAUAAAUAAAUAAAUGGUGUUGCUUGGAGGAUUACGAUAGGUGUAUUAUACGACCGGUUUCAAAUUAAAAAUUCAUCUUCAGGUAUAUCACAAAUGUAAAACGCAACUUAUAUAUAAUACACUUAUCAUAAUACUCCAGGCACAUAUUUAUUAAUUUAUUUAUUUUUUAUUUUUAUUUAUAUAUUUAUUUACUAUAUCUCAAAUAUUAUUUUUAUAUUUUAUAUCAUUCAAGUGUAUUUUUAGGGAUUUGAAAACUGAUAAUGUAUUAUUAGAUGUCUCUGAAGGUAAUGAUGUGUGUCCAGCAUUGGCAAUUACAGAUUUUGGAUGUUGUCUAGCCGAUAAAGAUAAUGGACUUCAUCUUCCAUAUAAAACAGCUGACACUGACCGUGGAGGAAAUAUAGCUUUGAUGGCACCAGAGGUAUACAACUGUGGUUUCAAUUUUAAAUUACCAAACAUUAAUAUUGUUUAUAAUCUAACAUUUUUUUUUUUAGGUCGUUACUGCUCGACCAGGUACAUUUGGGUAUAUAAAUUACUCAAAAGCAGAUGUUUGGGCUGUUGGUGCAAUGGCAUAUGAAAUAUUUUCCGGUAGUAAUCCAUUUUACAGUUAUGAAAGAGGUAAACCACCAUUGUUGCGCAACACAACAUACGAAGAAGAAAAUCUUCCUACUCUUGAUGAUGAAAUACCAUUAAUUAUUCGAUCAUUAAUUCACUCACUCUUACGUAGAUCAACAUCUGAGGUAACAAUGCUUAAAUUCUUUCAAAUUUAUUUGAAUUAAUUGAAAUACAAAUAUCAUUUUUAUUUAUUUUUUAGUUAUAAUUUAUUAUUAAUAACUAAUUUAUUUGUAUAUUUCUUUUAUUAGAGGUUAGAUGCAUCAUUAGCUGCCACAGUGUGUCAGAUAUAUUUAUGGGCCCCAUCUUCUUGGUAUACAAAAUAUGUAAUGCCAACCAGUAAUGAGGUAUACGUAUUAUAUUUAAAUAUUGAUACUUGAAGCUUGGUUCAUCUGGCUUGGGUGGCUUGAUUUCUUCCAUUCUUUUGGUUCAUUCAUUUUCCUCAUUAAAUUUAUUUCAACUGAAUAGAGUUAUGAAUAGUCAUAAUGAUCUUUUUGACUUGAUUUUUUCUAUGUUAAAUGACAUCUGUUUGUAAUGUACAUUCUUUGCUGGUCUGAUUAUCCUUGUCAGUCUCCUACUCAGCAAUGCAAUGCUCAUUCUUUUUGUGAUUUUAAAUCUGGAGAUUACACUUUUAUGAAUAAAUACUUUCUCUCAUUCAAUUCUGCUAAAACUUUAUCUAAUUAUUCUAUUAAUAGUGUUGCUAUAAUGUUUAAUUCUCACUGUAAUUGAUAUCUUUGUUACUUUGUAGGUGUUUUGAAACCUAAAUUCCCUUCAGGGGUUUCUCAGGAAUGUAAGGAUCUGAUUUUAGGAAAAAAAGCUCAUUUGUGUUUUAAGUACUCUUUAAAACUCCGGUCUACUUAGUAAUUUCUGAACUCUGGGCUCAAUGUAUAUGAUGAUCUAAGUUAGAUUAUAGAUCCUACAUGCAUUAGUGGAGAAAUUCAAUUUCUGCAUCUCUUAGAGAUACUUUGUGAAUCUAAGCAAAGCCCAUCGAUUCCAGUUUCUAUUAAUUUCCAUAAUAAUAUUUCUAAUUCGUCUGUUUUCUACGUAUUUUUAUCCUUCUUUUAGCAUGGCUAUCACUUAGUCUAAUGUUUUUACUGACACUAAUUUAAUUUUGCCUUAUGAUUUACCUUGGGAUAUAUAUUUUUCCCCGGGAACAUUUUGUUUUUGAUGGAAUAUUUGCGCCUAAAAACUUCUAAUGAUAUAGAUGAUAUUUCUGCUCAUUGUUUCUAUAGCUGUUAACUUACUUUAUAAUAUCUGUUAUUACAUCAGUUUCUAAGUGGAGGAGUGUCCCCUAGUGCAGUGUUUCCCAAUUUAUUUUACUCACAGAACCUUUUCAAGAAAUUUAAUAUUUUGCAGAAUCCCUUUUUUUUUUCAUAAUUACAUAACACAGACAUAUUUUUUGGAUACUCAAAUGAGUGGACUUUUGAAAAAAAAGUGAGUGUCAUUAAUACAAAAAUAAUAACAGCUAUGAUGAAUUUUAAAAUUUUAUUUUGUUAAUACCUACCCAUAACAAUAUUAUUAAUGUACAUUAUACCAAAGCUUAGAACUUAAUAUUAAUCUUUCAUUAUUUCAAAGAUAGAUUUAAUGAGAAGAUUAGAGUCUUUCGAUAAUUUUCUUUAUUAUUGUAAUAAAAUAUAGAGAUAUUCCUGAAAGUUGAAUUCAUAAGUCUGGAGAAAUAUUCAAUUGAUUUCAAAACUUAUUCUUCGUUUUUUUGUUGAAAAUUACAAUAAAUCGCUAACUGUCUUUACGGAUAAUUCUUUGUAAUCACUUUCCAUGGCAUUCUGGAACUCCUCAAUUUUAAUUAUGAAAAAUAAUCAAAUGGCACCUCACAGCACCCUUGGCACUUGUUCACAGAACCUUUGGGUUCCACAGAACACCAGUUGGGAAACCCUAGGGCCUAGUGAAUGGAACAUAUGGUCUGCUGUUCUUGCUGUUUAUUUUAUUUGUUAACUCCAUUACUUAAUGGAUUACUAAUGCUAAAGUCCUUUUAUUCGCGGAUGAUAUUAAAAUUUGCUUUGAAGUUAACUCUCAUGAUAAUUGUGUUAUUCUACAGUCUGAAUUAGAUAACUUUUCUUCGUAGGUCCAGCAACUAUGAAUGUCUCUUAAUCUGGGAAAAUGUCAUGUUAUGACCUUUAGAAGUCGAUUUCCGAUACAUUAUUAAUACCAGCUUACUGAUAUUUCUAUUAAGUGUGUCUUCUGUUAUAAAAACCACGGUAUUUAUUACUCCCCGUCUUCAUCUUUCAAUUGUUAUUUAAAUAUGACUAUUUCCAAGGCCCUUAAGUGUUUGGGAUUUAUUAAGCGCUUCUCUAAAUAAUUCACCUUAUUUCUUUGUCUCAGGUCACUUAUUUUGUAUUGGUUUGUUCCACUUUAAAAUAUGGUGUAGUUAUCUGGUACACCUAUUAUGUGAAGAAUCAAUUACGUAUUAAAAGUAUCCAAAAAAGAUUUCUCUCAUAUGCCGCCUAUAUUUUAAAGAUUAAUCAUAACCUGCAUGAUUAUUCAAUGGCUAGUCAAUCUCUUGAUUUUCAAAACCUUUUUAGGUAGUGUCCAGUUCCAUAUACCUUGUUACCAUACUAGGGAUCAUACACUUUUUCUUCUUUCCUUUCCAUUCAACAAAUUAUAGCAAUAAUAAUGUUUGUAUCACAUUGCAUGCUUCGUAGUCUCAAUAUAUCAGGCAGUUAGUUCUAGUCAUACUUUUUUCUGUUAUUCAUACUAUUUAAUUGUAAUUCUUCUCUUUGUUGUUCUGUAACUAUUGUUUUAGGCAUUAUGUGGACGUUAUAACCGCAUUUACUGUCUCAGUCCAACUACCGCAUAUCAUACAAAACCAAUGCUUACACAGUAAAAAUAAAACUAGCUUGAUUUUAAUUUUUGAUUAAAAUGACUUAUUAUGAAAUGUAUAGAGAACAAUAUUUUGGAGGGAAUGUCAUAGGGUUUUUGUAUUAUUCAAAAUAUACAGAUCGCUAUAAAAGAUACAAAACCUUUAUUUUUUUUAUUUUUUAAAUAGUUAUAACUUUUUUAAUAGUUCAUAAUUCAAAAAUCACCUUUGAAAUUACCUCCAAAAUAUUGUUCUCUAUACAUUCAAUAAUAGGUACUUUUACUCUAAACUCAAAAUUAAGCUAGUUUUACUUAUUCUGCGUAAGCAUUAUUUUUGCAUAUUACCCGGUAGUUGAACUGAGACAGUAGAUGUGGGUAUAACAUCAUCUUAAUAAAAUAAAAUAAUAAUACUUAUUCACUGAAUUUUCAAAUGUUUAAAUGGCUUUGAACUUAUAAUAAAAUUUAGACAAAUUCAUAACUAACUAAAGUAUACAAACUAUAGUUGAAUAUUAAAUUGAAUUAUUCUGAAAUAUCAUUUGACUCAAUUUAAAAAUAGAACUAUCAAAACAAAAAAUAAACAAAUUUUCAUAUGAUUCAAUGUUCUAAUUAUGGUAAUUGACAAUUAAAAAUUAAUUGUAUAGAAAUACCUAAAGAUUAUAGUAAAUUCCACCAUAAACGUCACUAGUUUAAUUUUAUAUUAAAUUUUUCAGUACUCAUUGAAUUUAACAAUAAACACAUGUGAAUGAUUGCAAUACCUAUUGUCAAAAAUAUUUGAUAUUUCAAAAUAUAACAAUUUAAGCACAAUAACUCUUUGUAGUGACUUUUGAUUUCAAAAGUUGUUUACAAUAAAUAUUUAUUGCCUUAUACAAGCUCAUAUUGGUGGUAGAAAUAAAUGUUACAAAAUAAAUAAAAGAUAAACUAUACAUACAAGAAUUUAGUAGAUAAUUAAGAAUUAUAGUUAAAAUAGAUAACCUACUAGUUAUUUCUAAAAACUAGUUAAUUCAUACACUAAUAAAAUUACAAUGAAAAAAAAUAUAGUUCAAUUGAAAGUAAACUUAGAUAUGUGUUUUAAAUUAAUGUAUUAUUCCAAACUAGUUAAAAAUAAUUUGUUUGAAAUUCUCAGUCUUAAAGAGUAUAUUUAAAAAACAUAAAUAUAACAUGAUUAUAAACAUUCAACAAGUUCAAGUGCCAACAAAUAACAAUAUUAUUGACAUUUAGGUAUAUGUAUGUCUCAUGUUGUUGUACAAAUUUAAACUUAAAUAUUGUAUAUUAAAUGUUCUAUUAAUGGUUGUCCUUAUCAAUAAAAAAAAUUGUUUGAAAAAAGUGUAUAAUUAAUUUUCAAUGGAAUUCAGUGGAAUUAGUCCGUGUCUGUAUCUUAAUCUAUUCUUAAAUAGUUAAAUAGUUAUGUUAUACAGUUAAUUUAAAAACGUAUAAAUAUAUUCUAUAAAAUUCUAAUUACCUAAAUAAUUUAAAAUUGUUUAUUAGAUUUUGCAAUGGAUGUUGUGUUUAACAACCAAGGUGUUAUGCGAAGGAGGGACAAUAAUGUCAAGUGUAAACACCAAACAAAAAACUUAUACAGAAUAUCAAUUAAUCACUACAUUUUUGCAUAGAGCAAAACUAUAUGAAAUAAAAAAUGCACUUAGUUGGAUGCAAUUAGUACAUUCAGAAUAAAUGUGUAUGUAUAUUUAUUAUUUAUUUUAUUAUUGCUAAUUUAUAUGUGAUAUUUUAAUUUUAGAUUGGUUUUAUUGUUAAAAAAAAUAUAUGGUAUUUAUCCAUUUGUUGAUUGUUGAAUUUUUUGUUCAUAAUCUAAUAAAAAGUAAUAAGAGGUUAUAAAUAAAUA